CUUACGCCACAAAGUCCGUAGCCUUCUUUCCUAAGCCGCCUCCUAAUCACCGCUCCCCCCUUUCCCUCCCUCGUCCUCUUCCUUCCUUAAACCCUUUCUCUUAGGACUAGAUUUUUAACCUUAAUUAGAAGAAGACGGAAAGAAAGAAAGAAAGAAGGAAAUGCUGGAGACGUUGAAGUACCUGAUGGGCUCGGCCGGCUCGACCGGGUUCGGAUCCAAGUCGACGGCGGAGGAGGUCACCGAAGCCUCCCCCGACCUCCGUUCCAUCACCGCCAUCAUCACCGGGGCGACGUCGGGGAUCGGGUUGGAGACGGCGCGGGUGCUGGCGAAGCGCGGGGCGAGGCUGGUCCUCCCCGCCCGGAACCUCAAGGCGGCGGAGGAGACCAAGGCCCGGAUCGCCGCCGACUUCCCCGGAUCCCACAUCAUCGUCCUCCCCCUCGACCUCAGCUCCCUCUCCUCCGUCCGUUCCUUCGCCUCCCGCUUCCUCUCCCUCGGUCUUCCCCUCCACCUCCUCAUAAAUAAUGCGGGCAAAUUUUCCCAUGAUCACGCUGUAUCGGAGGACGGUAUUGAGAUGACCUUCGCCACCAACUACUUGGGUCACUUCCUGUUGACGAAGCUGCUGCUAAAUGGGAUGGUGGAGACGGCGAGGGAGACGGGGAUCCAAGGCCGCAUCGUGAACGUGUCCUCGAGCAUCCACGGCUGGUUCUCCGGUGACGGGAUCCGUUAUCUCGAUCUUAUCACCCGCAAGAAAAUCAUAUCCAGACCGUACGAUGCCACGCGAGCCUACGCUCUGUCGAAGCUCGCUAACGUGCUCCACACCAAGGAGCUCGCCGAGCGUCUUAAGGAGAUGGACGCGGACGUGAUCGUGAACUGCGUCCAUCCAGGCAUCGUGCGCACCAGGCUCACCCGAGAUCGCGAGGGCUUCGUCACAGAUCUGGCCUUCUUCCUGGCAUCCAAGCUCCUCAAGACGAUUCCUCAGGCAGCAGCGACGACGUGCUACGUGGCGACGCAUCCGAAGGUGGCGGGCGUAUCGGGGAAGUACUUCGCGGACAGCAACGAGGCGUCGCCAUCGUCGCUGGGCACCAACCGGCACGAGGCCGCGCGGCUGUGGCGCGUGUCGGAGGCCAUGGCCGCCGAGAGGCCGCAACGAACCGGGUUCGGACAGGAUUCGCUCCCGCUGAACCGGACGGUCGAGAUGUGACGCAUCGGGAACAAAGAACUGAUGAUGACCGAUAACUAUUUUCUACGAAGAAGUUUACAGCGAAAACAAAUAAAACAGAGUUCCAGUACGCGUUUAGUUGAUUAAUGCAAUGAUUGGACUUCGGAAUAGGACACGGAGGGAAAGGAGUACCGCGGCGCAUCAGCCGCAGAGGGAGCCUUCCUCCUUUCGGUCUUCUUUUUUUUGUUUAGUGGCAGCUGGCUUUACAUGGAUUUUGGGACCCGUACGUGCGGUGGAAAUUAGAUAGCAGUAGUGUUCUACAUUGUCAUCAUUAGGCGUAAACAUUAACAAUGUAAAGGAGUUUAAGUGACAUAGAUAAUUAUUGUCUAUUAUAUUUAGUUGUAUUAUAUUAUAUUGGUGGGAAAGAUGGGUGGAAGCUUCCAUAUGCACACAUGAAAGAAAUGUAGCUUAGUGAGGCCAGUUUUGUUUUUU